AUGGCCACGUUAAAUUUCGCGCCAUUCAACUAUGGCUCUGAGACAUGGGAGUCUUACACGGCUCGGUUCGAGUGUUUUUUGGUCGCGCACGACCUCACCGAGUUGACGGACGAGCGAAAAUGCGCAUUUUUCCUGUCCGUCUGUGGCAAAGACGUUUUUCAUACUGCCAGGGCUCUUACAGCUCUGGAGCCUAUUAAGGCCGUCCCCUGGCCUGUGCUGCUGGCAAAGCUGACAAGCCAUUAUGCCCCGUCGCCGUCCAAGAUAGCCCGCAGGCACGCCUUCCAUCAGCGGAGCCAAGCUGAGGGGGAGUCUGUCAGCGCUUACGUUGCUGCACUACGCUCGGCCGCCCUGCACUGUGACGCAGCCCAUGUCCUCUCCAGAAAGAUCCAACUAGCUGUGACGAUAGAAGGGAAGCCCUGCGAGAUGGAGCUCGACACCGGUUCCGCAACGUCCAUAGUGUCUUGGAGCACAAUCAAACGUCUCUUGCCUCAGCUGUCCAAACGCCAAUUACAAGACUGUCAUUUAACAUUAAGGGACUAUCAGGGCAACCUGAUUCCAGUAAUUGGCACCCGGAAAGUCAGAGUGCAGUUCAAGGGUUUUGACGGCCGGCUACCCCUCAUCAUAGUCGAGGGACGACUGCCCAGCCUUCUAGGUCUUGACUGGUUCCAGUCCCUAGGUCUGCAAGUCAGCGGAAUCCACCACCUCGGCGCAACUGCACUCGACUGCUUGGUCAACGAAUUCCCAGCUGUCUUCAACGGCACCUUAGGCAAAUACACAGGAACGCCUGUUUCUUUCAACCUCGACCCAUCAGUGCAACCGGUGCAAAUGAAGCCACGCCGAGUUCCAAUUGCACUCAAGCCGAAGGUGGACGCCGAGCUGGACAAACUCGUAGCUCAGGGCGUCCUCGAGCCAGUGGAUCAUGCACGAUGGGAAACACCCAUCGUGCUGCCAAUUAAGCCGGACGGCAGCGUGAGGAUCUGCGCAGACUACCGCUGCUCGAUCAACCGUGCCCUGCCUUCAAAUGCGUACCCAGUGCCAGUGGUCCAGCACCUCCUACACACUCUGGGCGAGGGGUCAAUUUUUGCAAAACUCGACCUUGCACAGGCGUAUCAACAACUGGUCGUGGACGACGAAGCAGCUGAGGCACAGACAAUCAUCACACACCGGGGCGCAUUCCGUUGCCGCAGAUUGCAGUUUGGGGUGAGCAUCGCCCCUGGACUUUUUCAAAGCUUGAUGGAGCGGUUGCUCCACGGACUCCAAGGCGUCGUCCCCUAUUUUGAUGACGUCCUUGUGUCAGCCACCUCCAUGGAUGAACUCAUGGCCCGUUUGCGCAUGGUUCUCCAAAAAUUCCAAAAAGUGGGCCUGAAGGUUAAGAGAGACAAAUGCCAGGUUGCGGUGUCCCAGAUAGAGUUCCUGGGGUUCCUCAUUGAUGGCAGUGGCAUCCACCCCACUGCUGCCAAGACCAAAGCCAUCCUUGAGGCCCCUGCACCUACUAAUAGAGCUGAAUUACAGGCCUUUUUAGGCCUACUCAAUUUCUAUGCGGUCUUCCUGCCUCAUAAAGCCUCUGUCGCGGAGCCACUCCACCGUCUCCUAGACUCUGGGGCUGCCUGGGUCUGGGGCUGGCGGGAGGCUUCCGCAUUCAGGGCUGUUAAACAUCUCCUGAUCUCCAACGACGUCCUUGUCCAAUACAGCGAGCACUUGCCUUUAGCGCUCGCCUGCGACGCUUCACCCUACGGGGUGGGCGCCGUGCUUUCCCACCAGUUGCCUAGUGGAGCAGAGGUGCCGGUUGCCUAUUUUUCCCGCACCCUCUCUGCUUCUGAGCGCAACUACGCACAAAUUGAUAAGGAGGCCCUCGCUAUUGUGGCCGGGGUGCGGCGUUUCCAUCACUAUUUGUACGGCCGCCCCUUCCAAAUUGUCACUGACCACAAGCCUUUGCUGGGGUUGCUCGCCGGUGACCGCCCGACCCCGCAGGUGCUGUCUCCCCGAAUGACACGUUGGUCUGUGUUCCUCGCCUCCUACGACUACCUGCUCCUGCACCGACCGGGGAAGCAGAUCGCUCACGCCGAUGCCCUCAGCCGUUGCCCUUUGCCGGACGCUCCUGAAGACCCUACUGCUGCCGCCCCCGUCUUCCUCAUUGAUGACCUCAACCUUCCAAUUUCUGCCGCCGACAUCGCCCGGUUGUCCGCAAGGGAUCAGGUAAUAUCCCGGGCACUAGAUUGGGUUAGGCGAGGGUGGCCCAAGGACCCCGUAGAUCCUGUUUUCCUCCCUUUCAAAUCACGGCUGCCGGAACUCUCCGUUCAGCGCGGCUGUUUACUGUGGGGCCACCGCGUCGUGGUGCCGGCCUCACUGAGGACUACCGUCCUGCAACAGCUUCACCUAGCACACCCCGGCAUUGUCCGAAUGAAAGCCUUGGGCAGGAGUUAUGUCUGGUGGCCCAAGCUGGACCAGGACAUAGCGGAAGCAGUGUAUGCCCGCAAUUAUGGGGGGCAUCCCUUGUGGCUACCGGGCAUAGUAAUUGAUCAGACCGGGCCCUGCUCCUACAGGGUCAGGCUCCUCGACGGCAGAACGUGGAAACGUCACUGCGACCAGUUGCGGAGCAGGCACCCAGGGCAACCUUGCCAGCAGUCACCGACCAGCCCAGCGAGCCCAACAGCGGCGACCAGCGACAGGGAACCCAGCGACGAGGAGGCCAACGUCGAGCAGGCAGCCAGCGCUCCAAACCGAAGCGGCGACUUACCUGGUGGGCCAGCACCCUCCUGCGUUCUUCCUCGGCGACCCGGGCAAUCACCAUCCUCCGGCGCAGAGUCCUCGGCCGAGGACGAGCAACCAGGGCCUCCAAGCAGGGCAGAAGGGCCCCGGGCAUCGAGCCGAAUCAGGCGGCGGCCGGCGUACUUGCAAGACUACGCUUGCGCGAACUUAGAAGGGAGGGGUGUUAUGUUCUGAGCAGCCGCCAAAACAAAGAGUUUAAGCGGGAAGCAA